AUGGCGGCAGAUAAUGAAGGCACUGCCACGAGUGGCACCAACGACUCUCGUCCGUCAGGCGACUCCAAUGCCGCUCAGAACAAUGAUAACGGCAACCGUCGCAACCCGCGCCAUGACCACAGAAAGCCUGGCAAGGGACGAUCAGAGAAAGGUCGAGGAGAGUGGGGUCGUGAAAAGGGCGACAAGCGCAAGAAGAACGACGAGUUCAAGGAGUUUAAGCGUCGCAAACUGAACAAGAAGGGCGAGUCUGCGGAUGGCGAAUCGAGCAACAACCCCUUCUCCAAAGAUGAGAUUGCUGCCGAGGAACGACGACCCAAGCGAAAGGUUGCUGUUAUGAUUGGAUACGCAGGCACUGGCUACAAGGGAAUGCAGGUCAACGGCAACGAAAAGACCAUCGAGGCCGACCUGUUCAAGGCCUUUGUCGCUGCAGGCGCCAUCUCCAAGGCCAACGCCGAUGACCCCAAGAAGUCGAGUCUUGUUCGAUGCGCCCGAACGGAUAAGGGUGUGCAUGCGGCUGGAAACGUCAUCAGCUUGAAGCUCAUUAUCGAGGAUGAGGACAUUGUCGACAAGAUCAACGCCGAGCUCCCAGAACAGAUCCGAAUCUGGGGUCUUCAGCGAACCAACAACGCCUUUAGCUGUUACCAGACUUGCGACUCAAGAUGGUACGAGUACCUCAUGCCUAGCUACUGUCUUCUUCCUCCCCACCCCGAGACCUUCCUCGGCCGAAAGCUGGUCGAAUUGGCCAAGGAGCACGGUGUCGAGGAUGAACUGACUGCUAGAAUGGCUGAUGUCAAGGACUUCUGGACCGAGGUGGAAGAGAAGGAGAUCAAGCCCAUUCUUGCCCGAUUAGACCCCGAGACCAGGGCCGCUGUUUUGGAAAAGGUUCACGUCACCGACGAUGAAGAGAUUGCUGCACGAAAGGCGGCCGCAAGAGAGACAGACGAGGCCGAGCCGAGCGAAGAGAAGCCUGCCACCGAAGCACCUGCUGAGGCUACUGAGCAGACUACUGAACCUGAGGCCCAACAAAGCACCGUUGUUCUGGAGAGCCACAAGCCCAAGAACCGCGAGCUUGGCCCCAUUGACUUUGCCCUUCGCGACAUCAAGGCGGCUUACAUGGCUGCAAAGCGACGAUACCGUGUUAGCACUGAGCGCCUGGAGCGCCUUCAGGAGGCCCUCAACAUGUACAACGGCACAAGAAACUUCCACAACUACACUGUUCAAAAGUCAUUCUUUGACGCCUCGGCAAAGCGACACAUCAAGUCGUUCAUUGUCAACCCCAAGCCCAUCAUUAUCAACGAUACGGAAUGGCUGUCCCUCAAGGUUCACGGACAGAGUUUCAUGAUGCACCAGAUUCGUAAGAUGGUCGGUUUGGCUAGUCUGAUCGUCCGUUGCGGUACCCCUAUGGAGCGUAUCAAGGAGAGCUAUCAGAACCAGAAGAUGGCCAUCCCCAAGGCCCCUGGUCUCGGACUUUUGCUCGAGCGACCCGUUUUCCACAACUAUAACCGAAAGGCGACUGAGUCACUUGGAAAGGAGGGAAUUGACUUUGACAAGUACGAUGAUAAGAUCCAGGCUUUCAAGGACAAGCAGAUCUACACCCGAAUCUUUAGUGUGGAAGAGAAGGAUAAUUCGUUCCACAUGUUCUUUAACCAGAUCGACCAGUUCAAGACAAACCACUUCUUGUGGCUCACGGCUGGCGGUAUGAAGGCGGCCGAGCUCACAAGAGACACUACAGGCGAAAAGGUGCAGCGGGAUGUUGAUAAGGAGCUCGGUGACGAAGAUGAGGAGGACCCCGAGGGCGGUGAGGGUUAA